UCUCUCUCUCUCUCUCUGUGUGUGUGUGUUCUCAUGUAUCUCUGUGUCUGUAGCUAUGCAGAGUCGGUGGGAGCCAAACAUUACCACACGUCAGCAAAGUUAAAUAAAGGCAUCGAGGAGCUCUUCCUGGAUCUCUGUAAAAGGAUGAUGGAGACGGCUCAGGCUGAGGAGCGGUUGAAGGGCAACGGCGCGAGCCAAUCAGCAUCGAGUAGGCGGGGCGUACAGAUCGUUGACGACGAACCACAGGCCACGCCCGCGGGGGGGUGCUGCUCCUCUGGCUAACACACACACACACACACACACACACACACACACACACACACACACAUGCUUGCACACACAUUAACGAGUGGCUCUAAAAACCUAAUAAAAAGUCCUUUGCUGCUCAGGAUCAUGGGAAAUCAUGUUUCAAUUGAUGUCCCUUCGAAAUAAAAGCGUCUCAUGAUCAAAA